AUGGCUCUGUCCUAUCAACAGACCAAGCUCAUCCGGGGCACCAUCCCUGCCCUGACUGACCACGGAGAGCGCAUCACAACCAUCUUCUACCGCAACAUGCUUCGUGAUCACCCCGAGCUCAACGACUACUUCAACACAGUCAACCAGGCCAACGGUCGCCAGCCCCGUGCCCUUACUGCUGUCAUCCUCAGCUAUGCCAACAACAUCAACCACAUCACAGAGCUCAUCCCCAAGAUGGAGCGCAUGUGCCACAAGCACUGCUCCUUGGGCAUCAAGCCAGAGCAUUACGCCAUCGUCGAAAAGUAUCUCAUCUCUGCCUUUGCAGAGGUCCUUGGUCCCGUCAUGACCCCACAGAUCAGAGAGGCUUGGACAAAGGCCUACUGGAUGCUGGCAAAGAUGCUCAUCGGUCGUGAGGCUCAGCUUUACCGUGACUUUGGUAAGUGGCAGGGCUACCGCAAGUUCCGUAUCGAGAAGAAGAUUGAAGAGUCAGACGACAUCUACUCUUUCUAUCUUGUUCCCGUUGACGGAAAGCGUCUUCCUCCCUUCCAGCCUGGUCAAUACGUCUCUGUCAUGAUUCCCAUCGCCGACAAGGGCUACGUCCAGUCUCGCCAAUAUUCCCUGAGCGAGGCCCCUCGACCUGAUUACUACCGCGUUACUAUCAAGAGAGAUGAGGGCAUUCAUAUGACCCGCAGCGGCCGCUAUCUCGGUGGCGAUGCCCUCAACCCCGGUGUCGUUUCCAACCUUCUCAUCGACAUGAAGGACGAGGGCGACGUCGUUGAGCUGACUCACCCAGCCGGCGAGUUCUACCUCGACAUGUCCAACACCUCCAACGUCCCCAUCGUCCUCAUCUCAGCCGGAGUGGGUGUCACGCCCAUGAUGUCCAUCCUCAACACCGUCUCCGAACGCCAACCCAACCGACCCGUCUCCUGGAUUCACGGCUCUCGACGAUCGGUUCCCUUCUACGACCAGGUCCGCCGCAUUGCCCGCAACCAUCCCAACUUCCGCACCAACAUCUUCAAGACUCACCUCGCCGAAUCCGAUGUCUACGGUGUCACAUACGACCACGACUUCCGCAUGGAUCUGGCAAGAGUCUCCAAGGAAGAUCUCUACCUGUGCCACAGCUCUACUGAAUACUACAUCUGCGGUCCUGAGCAGUUUAUGCUCGAGAUGGCCGAGUACCUCAAGGUCCAAAAGGUCGAUGCGAGCCGCAUGCAUUUUGAGCUCUUCAGCACUGGUGACAUGGAGUUCAAGGUUGAUAAUCUGAGCAUUGCUUCUGCCUCCAAGUGCCCCUCAGUCGCUAGUACUGAGCAAAGAUGUCCCAGCUCAGGAGCCAUCUCUGCCAACGGGGCUACCUGCCCGUUCUCGGCGGUCUAA